CUCAGAGCUGCAGUCAGUUGAAAUGAGCGAGACACCAAACAACAGAGCUGCAGGAUGUUCCAUCAGAAGACUGGAUUGUUGCUUCAAUCUACCAUCACUGCUCUGCUCUUCUGUCUUCUCCUCACACACUGUUGCAGAGGUCAGUCUCAGGUAAUGGGUCCAUCUCAGCCAAUAGUGGCAACACUUGGAGAUGACAUCAUUUUGCCAAGUUAUCUGGAACCUGCAUAUGAUGCUACGACCUUGACGGUGGAGUGGACCAGACCUGACCUCAACCCCAGAUUCAUCUAUGUGUCACGUAGUGGUCAUGACCUUGAAAAAAUGAAAAAUCCUUCUUACAAAGGGAGAACAUCAAUGUUCAUUGAUGAACUGAAGAACGGAAACAUUUCACUGAAGAUCUCUAAAGUGAAACAGGCUGAUGCAGGGAGAUACAGAUGCUUCGUUCCUGAGCUAAAUGAAGACACUUUCAUGGAGCUUGUUGUAGUUUCAGGUGCUGUUUCCCAACCUGUCACCACUUUAGCAGGGAUUGAUGGAAAGGGAGGAGUUGUGUUACAGUGUGAGUCUGCAGGCUGGUAUCCAGAACCUGAGGUGUUGUGGCUGGACAAUGAGGGAAACCUCCUCUCUGCUGGACCUACAGAGACAGUCAGAGGUCCUGAUGACCUCUAUACUGUCAGCAGCAGAGUGACUGUGGAGAAGAAACAUGGAAACAAGUUCACCUGCAGAGUCCAGCAGAACAACAUCAACCAGAGCAGAGACACAUGGAUCCAUGUUCCACAUGAUUUCUUUGUGGUCCAGUCCUGUUCCACCUCAACCACAGUCAGUCUGGCUGUUUGCAUGGUUGUUUCUAUCAUCCUGUUCAUUCUAGCAGUUGUUGUUUUUGUUCACACGAGAAGACAAAACAGGACCAAAAGAAGAGAAGAUGUUCAGGUUAAAUCUGAAGAAGAAGCUCUAAUGUUAAUGAAGACUUUGGAAAAGGAAAAGCAACCAAAGAGCAAACGAGUAAAUAAAGAAGCAGAAGUUUCACUGCUGGUCGAUGAAGAAAGACACCAAGAUCAGUUAAAGGAGGAAGAACUGAAGCAGAAGGAGGAGCAAAGGAAGAAAGAGGCUGAGAAUACGAUACAGAGACUGAAAGAGAAGCUGGACAUGAAGAAAACUGAGGUUAAAAACAAACAAAGUGAGCUGCAAAGAUUCCAGGAGGAGAAGAAGAAGAUUCAGGAGGAUCUGAAGAACCUAAUUAAAGACCUGAACACCAAGAAUACAAAGCUGAAGACAAUCACAGAAGAGUUAAAGUCUUUCUGGCCUUCCAUUCUUUCGUCAGAAAAACAGAAGAAGAAAGAAGACAAGAAGAAAAUACAGACAGAAAUAGAAAACCUCAGCAAACAGCUGAUGACCAAGAACACGGAGUUCCAGAACAAAGAUGAGGAGUGUGAAGAAAAACAAGUUGAGCUGAAGCAGCUUCUGGAUGAUCAACAGAAGAUGGAGACUAAACUGCAGAGUGAGGAGCAAAAACUGAUGAAGAAAGAAUCUGAUGAUAUCAAGAAUCAUCUCGAUCAGGAGAAACAGAAAAAUGAGACCCUGAACAGUCGUCUGAUGAAGCUCCAGAAUGAGAAGCAGAAGUGGACGGAGUCUGAAGGAAAACUGAAGACAGAACUCCAGGAAAUGAAGGAAAUCAAUCAAAACAGCUCAGCCAGUAGGAGGUCAAUGACAGCACCCAUAAUUUUAGAAAUGCUCAACACAUGGGAGAACUACAUCCGUCUCAGGAACAUUUCCUCUGAGGAGAUAAAUCUGGAAGGCUGGAAGUUAAAACUAAAGACCACCACCAGAGGACCAACCAUAACCAAAUGGAAUCAUCCAUUAAUAAUUAAGGCUGAAGGGAGUCACUAUGUGAACAUCGACUUCACAGCCUGGAGGACUGGAGAACUGCAGAUCACCCUCAUUACCAAUGAAGGAAAGGAAUACAGACUGCAGUAAUGUGUGUAAACAUGAGGCAACAUCAUUGUUUUUGUUUAUUUGCAGGUUUCUCUGGAUGAACCAAAAUGAGAGAUUGUAUACCUAUUUUUAAAUAUCAAUUAUCAACAAUAUUAUCUUAUUUUAUUUUCAGAAACAUAAAACUUGUUUUGAAAUGUUCAUUUUGUAUUUUUAUCAAAUUAAAUUCAGGUUCAUACUGCGGAAAACUUAAGUUUGUUGUUUUAUUAAAGUUGUAAUAAGCAGCAGAUACAACAAGAAAAGACAAAAUUCUGGAAAAUAUGUGCACAACAUGAAAAACAUGAAUAAAAUAUCUUCCACAGGGAAACAUCAGUAUUUAAUUUGAACCCCAAUCUUGUGCUUUAUUAAAUAAAUCUUCUUUCACUUAACAGA